AAUUUAACUCAGGACCUCGAACUUGCCACACAGGUGCUUGUGCUGCUGAGCUAUGUCCCGGGCCCAAGGUUUAAUAAUUUCUAAAGAUCAAAAGAAUAAAUACCUAAUAAACCCAUACCAAUCUUCCAUGUGGAAAAAACAAAACCUGAGGGCAGUCUAUUUUAAAUCCGUUUCCUAUACCAGUGGUACUAAACCUCCAGCACUCGUGCUGCAGAGGAUGUUUGUAUCACUGAAAGCUCUAAAAGGUUCACCAUCACUCCCUAUACUAUACACUGUAUAUUACACAAUUCAGAAUGGUUUUUGGGGCGGGGGGUUAGACAGGGUCUUGCUAUGUUGUUCAGGCUUCCCUCAAAUGUUCGGCAGUCUUCCUGCCUCAGCCUCCCAAGUGCUGGGAUUACAGGUGUACACCACCAUGCCCAGCACUCAUGACUUCUUAAUCUAGUAUUUAGUACAGUGGUUGCAACCUAUUAGACACAUAAUGUUGUUUAUUCAAGACUGAAAGCCAGAUAGCUGGACGUGAUGGCGCUUGCUUGUAAGUAAUCCCAGCACUCAGGAGGCUGAGGCAGGGGGAUUGCUGUGGCUUCGAGGCCAACUUGAGCUAGGUAGUGAGUUCAAGGCCUGCCUGAACUACAUAGCGAGACCCUGUCUCCAAAAACAUCCAAGUUAGUGAGAAGGAGAUUAUUAUUUCUAUUUCAUAGAAAAUGCUAGACUAGACUCAAAAGGGUCACACAGUCAAGGCCAUAGUCACUUAGAGCCUGAUCUGGCUAUAACUAAGCAAACCCAUUUAGAAAAGCAAAGGAGGUAAGAUGUAAAAAUGAAAACGGAUUUACCCAGACAAAACGCUUAGGUUUGCAGAAUCACCAAGGAAUCUGCCCAGCACGGGAGAUCUAGGGAAAUCUCAACAGAUGGCAAAGAAGAGUUUUGUUCCAGGAGCAGGUGUAAAAUCUUCCUCUGAUUGGACCUAAAACUGGGUCCUGAGCCAGAGCUUCCCCCUCUGUCUUAUGGAUAGGAAGAGCUCAGUACACGUGGUCUCCGCGUCCUCACCAAGGAAAAAAGCCUGAGGAGAACAGCCCAGGCCGUUUGGCUUCGCCCGUCUCCACCUUUCUGAGCCAAGCAGGUGGCCCCCAGGAGGGGCGGCCCCAGGACCGAGUCACAAUCAGGCUGGAAGUGCACUCGCGCUUCCCCGAGCGGCUUGGCCUCUCCCCUGGCGCCCGAACUCAUCCUGGAGCAACUUCCAGACCUCAAAGGUGGACUGCAGAGAAGACUUUCAUUUGUUCGGAGCCCCAGGGCCUGACACAGCUGGCUGGAAGAAAUCAAGUCUUGUAAUUGGCAGCGAUCCCCAUCGAACCUCCGGUCACUACGGCGACACGCGGUCUCGGGGCUUCCGUGGUGGAGACUGCUGCGGACUUGCCUCAUAAAUUUGGAGUUAGCCUUCAGAAGAAAGGAAAGUGGGGAGCCACUGAACGCAAGCCAAUGAAAAGAAACCUGAGAAAAGAGGCAGUUACCAAGACUACAAUUCUGCUUCUCGUUUGAAAGGGUAGGCGAGGGCCAUGCCCGUCACUUCUCCGGAGAGCUGACCGAAGUACAACGCCACCAGCCUCUGACCAUUCAAACCUUCCGCUCUCCGGACAACCUAUCCCCGCCCGCCUGUGGGUUACGUAGCCAAUCGCCGCGCACGCCCCGCGGUUCCAUGGCCAAUCGGUAGGCUUGUACUCCGCCCCGGGAAAAAUGCAUUUGCUCUAAAAGGGGCACCACUUGUUCCGCCCCCGGAGCCAAAGUAGGAUGGCGAUUGGCCUACCAGAGGCUUCGGCCAGGAUGGAGGAUUUGCCGCCAGCGGUUCAGGCGUCGGUGCGUGACAGGUGGGUCGUAGAGACAGAUGAAGCGGUCCUGCAGCGGCGGCAAAAGCAGAUAGAUUAUGGCAAAUGUACACCUGGUUACCAGUGCUUUCUGCAGCAGGUCCCCAAAGCACAGCGACAGCCAGGGCUUCACCCUCAGACACCGAACAAGAACAGGAGGUACAGCCGUCGUUCCUGGGAUGCGCAAAUCAGGCAGUGGAGAAGAGCCCUACAUACUUGGGACCCCCCCAGCCAGCCUCUUCAGGGCAAAGGAGCUGAAGGGCAGGGCAAGGAGAGUCUCUUGGAGCCCAUGGAUUCUCCCUCUUUGGAUGACCUCCUGGAUGACUGGUUCCAGGCCCUGGAACCCUCAGAGAAUCUGGAUGGAGGCCAAAAGGGGGCCGAGUUUGCAGGCUUGGUGGCUCCAAUUUCCUGCCCUCUCAGGCUCAGUGAGGAAGACAGCGAUUCACCUGCCCCAGACUUGGACAGAACAGAAAACAUUUAGAGAAAAUAUGUCUUUCAGGGGACUUGCUGCUACAUGUGACAGUGAAGUCACUUGUGUUAAUAUUUUUGGAACAAUAAGGGAGAAAGAAAAAAAGAAAGCUAAAACUCUGCCUCACAAAGAGAUCACAACAUGCAGGCAUUGCUUAAAACCUCUCCUUUUUCUUUCUUUGUUCUUUUUUGUUUGUUUCGCUGAUGGUGAGACUCGUGUUCACAGAAGAGCCAAAAACCGCCUAAUUUCUUCAUCAACUGAAGUCUACAUUUCUUCUCUUUAAAAAGAACUAGAACUCUGGCUGAGGUGGGAGGUGAUGGUAGUGGUGAAGACUUAAUAAAAAGGUGGUUUCCUCUUCCAGAAGAGGAAAUAUAGUGCCGUCAA